AUGGCAGAAGACGAUGUGCCCAAGACGUCAUUCAUCACCCCAUGGGGAACAUUUUGUUACCAAGCAAUGCCGUUCGGUUUAAAAAAUGCAGGGGCCACUUAUCAACGAGCUGCAACAACAAUUCUACAUGACCUUAUUCAUGAUACGGUUGAAGUAUACGUGGAUGAUAUGAUUGUCAAAAGCCACGAUCGAGGGGAGCACAUAAGUGCAUUAAAGUCAUUUUUUGACAGGAUUAGAAAAUAUAAUUUGAGAUUGAAUCCUCAAAAAUGCGUAUUCGGAGUUACUUCUGGAAAACUGUUGGGCUUUAUUGUCAGCAAAGAUGGGAUCAAAGUCGAUUCCGAUAAAGUGAAGGCCAUUCAAGAACUUCCUCCACCAAGAACGGAAAAAGAAAUUCGGGGAUUCCUAGGAAGAAUUCAAUACAUUAGCAGGUUCAUAUCGCAACUGAGCACUCGAUGCGAACAGAUUUUCAAGCUGUUGAGGAAAAAUGUUCCAAAAAAAUGGAAUGAAGAAUGCCAAGCCUCAUUUGACUCAAUGAAGGAAUAUCUCUCUAAUCCUCCAGUAUUAAUGCCACCCAAGCCGGGAGAGCCUUUGAUUUUAUAUCUCACAGUCACAGAAACUGCCAUGGGAGCGUUAUUGGCUCAAUACCAAGAAGGCACCAAAAGAGAAAUUGCCAUCUACUACCUUAGCAAAAAGUUUUUGGAUUAUGAAACCAGAUACAAUCCUUUAGAAAAAGCUUGCAUCGCCCUCAUAUAUGCCACUAAGAAGUUACGACAUUAUCUACAGGCUCAUACAACUUUCCUUAUACUAGAUCCUAUCAAGUACAUUUUUGAGAAACCAAUUCUCACUGAGAGGUUCGCGAGAUGGCAUGCAAUGCUUUCAGAAUUUGAUAUUCAAUGUGUAAACCAGAAAUCCGUUAAAGGAAGGGCGAUAUCUGAAGCAUUGGCUGAUGGACCAAUAUCAGGAGAUGAAUUUGAUGACGAGUUUCCAGAUGAACAUUUACUCAACAUUGGGAUAUCUAGGUGGAAAAUGUACUUUGACGGAGCAUCUAAUAGAAGGGGCAAUGGCGCGGGUGUUUUGCUCGUUGAUCCUUAUGGAACUCAUAUCCCUUUUGCUGUGAAACUGAGUUUUUCAACGACUAAUAACACGGCGGAGUACGAAGCUUGCAUUUAUGGAGUUAAGGCAGCCUUAGCGGCAGGGGCAAAGUACCUCACAGUAUAUGGAGAUUCUAACCUCAUUAUCUCUCAAACAAUUGGAGUAUGGAGAGUCCGAGAUGAGAGAUUACAAAUGUAUACCGAGUAUCUCCAACAGUUCAUUCCGUACUUUGAAGAUAUUGACUUCAAGCAUCUUCCCCGAGAGCAAAACAGUUUUACGGAUGCGCUAGCAAACUUAGCGGUAAAUUUAACAUGGGAAAACAACGUAAAAAUUCGAGCUGUGACUAUUGAGGAAAAUGAUUCACCGGUAGUCAAUCUUGAACAUAUGAUUGCUGCAUUGACUUUGCAAGAUGAUAAAGAUGCCUGGUAUGCUGAUAUUAAAAAUUUUCUAAUCACCGGUCAAUAUCCUGAAGAGAGUCAUAAAAAAGACCAACUGGCUAUCCGGCGAUUGGCAGCUCACUUUGUAAUACUAAAAGAUAGAUUGUACCGCAAGGGUUUUGAUGGAACUCUACAAUUGUGUAUUGACGGAGAAGAAAUACAAAAGAUCAUGGGAGAAAUCCAUGGUGGUGAAUGCGGUCCGCACAUGAAUGGCAGGAUGCUAGCUCGAAAAAUCUUGCGAGCAGGUUAUUAUUGGACCACUUUAGAAAGCGAUUGUGUCCAUUUUGUGAGGACUUGCAAGAAAUGUCAAUUUUUUGCAAAUCUCAAUCACAUGCCACCUACCUCAUUACAUAAUCUCACUUCCCCAUGGCCGUUUUCAAGUUGGGGUAUAGAUAUAAUCGGACAAAUUCAUCCAAAAGCCUCGAACGGGCAUCAAUACAUUCUGGUUGCUAUUGACUAUUUCUCGAAAUGGAUUGAAGCCGCGUCAUAUACAAAGCUAGGGGCAAAGCAAGUCUCCAAGUUUGUGAUCAACAACAUAAUAUGUCGUUACGGAGUGCCUUUUGAAAUUAUUUCUGACAACGGCUCUCACUUCGAAGGGCACUUAAAAGAAACUCUUGAGAAAUAUAAGGUCAGGCAUCAUUAG